AUGCUGUUUCCCAGCAACAAGAAAUCUACAGGUGGUAGUUAUAAGACGGAUCCAUUUGUCAAUUUGAUUAAUAUACUUCUCUUGCCAAAAUUUCAUGGAUCAGGUUUGGGUGUUCUAAUCGCGUUUGUGCAAACUUGGAAAUGGUUUCUAAGAUCGGGAAGAGAAAUUACUGAUUUAUCUGCUAUCAGCAAAUUUGUUUUCUACAUUUUUGGUUCCGUUGGUUCUGCAGUAUUACUGGUGACUGCUGGUGUUUCAAUAUAUUUGUUGUUUUAUAAAAGCGAAUAUGAGAAAAACUUUUCCGGAGAAGACUUUGUUUCGUUCGAAAGUUUACUUAAGAUCUUUCUCGUUGUCUCAUUUACAUUUAAAACAUUGGAUAUUAUUCAUCUGAUCUUUCGACAAGCACGUAUCGAUAUAUUUUUCAUGGACUGGGAAAAAUCCAAAACAGGAAUUUCGAACAAUGUCGCAGUCUGGCGAACGUAUUUUGUUGCGAACGAAUUCAAUGAAAUUCAAACAUCUCGUCGGAUAAAUGUAACAUUCCAAAUGUUCUUCGUUUUAUUCUUUCUCAAAGUAAUUCAACUAGAAAAUAUUUCCUGUGCUCAAAGUGGCUAUAUCCUAUUCCAAUCGGCCGUUAAUUGUACAGAAUACAAUCAGAGUUUUCGUACUGGAAUAGGUUUCUCCACAUUAUUAGGCACCGCGAUUGUGCAAUAUCUUGCGUAUGUGUUAUUUUAUCAACGGCUCAUUGCUGAUCGAAUCGUGAACUUCAUUGAUUUGUGUUCGGUUUCGAAUAUUAGCGUGUUUAUUCUGGAUGAAAAUCAACAUGGUUACUAUAUUCAUGGGCGAUCACCGCAUGGAACGACCAAUGUGAAUAUCAAAGAGAUAAUGAUGAAUUUAUAUCGGGAAGAAAAUCAAAUGAUUGGAACACGUGGUUUGCAAGCGAAUUCGAAUGAACAAGUGUUUAUCAUGAAAAUGAAUCGAAACUUUCGAAAACAAUACGAUAUGUUGUUUCGUAAUUACAAUAGUUAUGUCGGUCCUCGAAAAAGUCGUGGAGAUAUUGAACGUUAUACAGACAUGUUACUUCAAUCGUAUCAAAAUCUCAAUGGCUUCCUUUGCGCAUUUAUUGAUCAUUCAAUAGCUUCGCAUAAAUAUUUCAUUCGCAAUCGAUACUUUGUCGAAAGACUUUUCGAUUAUGAAUUCCAAACGCAAGCUCAUAUCCAAUCUGACAAUACCGUAGAUAAUUUCUUAUAUAUCGACAACGAAAGAUCAUUUACAAAGAUCUUCUUCUACGGCGAAGAACGAUUACUCUUCUUCUGGAAUGCAGCUACAUUUCUUCUCGUUGAUGCAAUCGCACAAAAUUAUGUCUUAGCUGCUGCUAUCACCUACACUCUAAACGCAAUAUUCGUGUCAAUACGUGAUUCAUUUGGCCGAAGGAAUUUAUCACGGAAAACCUUGAUUCCAAGAAAUUUUUUGAUCUAA